AUGAUCGGGCUGUGGCAUGAAGGCUUCAAGACAUCAGUAUCGCGCCUCGAAACCAACUAUUCUGGUCUUGACUAUCUUCCCGGUCUAGCAAGACUACCUGGAGCCAGCACCGAAGAACACAACCUAAGCACGUACUGGGGAGCAGCCCGAGAUCGCAUUCCAGAUUCCGCACAGGAUCUCUUCCCUCGAGCGGCUGAUAUGCAGCGUCCAAAUCCAACUCCAAGCGGUAUAGGCCAACACUUGACUGGCACCAAUCACGAGAACAUGGUCCACAUACGCUCCGGUCAGUAUUGGGAAAACUGCGGUAAAGAAGAAGCAGGCUCGUACGAACAGAAGCUCGAGCCGACAUUGCAGCAAGGUCUCAAAUAUCUACAUGAGAAUUCAACGGAGACUGGAGCUCUUAGUAUCCAAUAUCUCCGUAAUGGGGAUGUAACUUCGCCCUGCGGUAAUAAGGAAGAGCGAAAGGAAUCGUGCGGCGCGGGUUUCUUCGCCAACCUCGAAGAUCUAGAGCAUUGGGCCAAAAGCCACGCGUCGCAUCUGAAGAUCUAUGGUGGUGCGCUUGCACAUUACAAGGCUUUUGGAGACGAGAGGAAGUUCCGUACAUGGCACGAGGUAUGUGUCAUCAAUGAGGGUGACGCUAUGUUUGAGUAUGUGAAUUGCUCGCCUGAGACAGGUGUUAUCUCAUCCGUACCACUUCAGAGCGGCACAAUGUAA